ACACACUUCGAUUCACCACAAAAUUGAUGAAGAUACAGUUUGUAGAUUGUUUUUUGAAAUACUGCUAUCUCUAUAGAUACACUGCUCUAUACUGCAUAUUUAAAAACAGUUUUAAAUGACAACUUACAGUCAAGAGAAUAUGGUAAAAUGUGAUCUUAUUGAAAGUCAAGUCGAAAAAGAAUGUCAGAAACUUGCCCAAAAAGUAGCUCUUUGGAGAAUAUUACAUAUACUAGUGAAAGAGUAAGGCCAUAAUUAAAUAAUAACUUUAAACUCUUUUGAGACAAAAAUGUAAUUCCAUGUAUGCAACUUAAAGAACACGGAAUCUUUAAUAUUGCAAGAUGUUUUGACUUUGUCAUUCUUCUUUUUUUAUAAUAAAAGUGUCAGAAACGAUCAAAAGUUUACAAAUUCUGACAGUAUAGGUUCAUCUGUAUUCCUGAUAAAAUGUCUCGAAAGGGGGUUGUUUAUUUAGCAAAGUAAAUAAAUCUGUUAAUGCCACAAAUUCCUUGGGUGACAGCAAUAAAGAUAUAAAGUGGUCCAUAAUGUCUUAACAUGAACAUGGUAUAGACAUGUGAAAUAAAUGGAAUUAUAGUAUCAACCUUUGACACCUUAUGUUUUGUUCCGUUUCAUAAAUACGUUGCUUGUGUCACGUACAAAAUUAUCAAACUUUCCAAUUUUCGUUUUUAAUCUUCAAAGUUACACAAGUACAAUUUUCAUUAAUCCAUGUAUUUUUACCCAUCAAGGACAAUUUCAUUAAUCUAUGUAUUUUUACCCUGCACGGACAAAAACACAAAAGAAUGUCGAGGAUACCAGAUUACGCUCAUAAUUUAUCACUUAAAAUGUCUCAAGUGAUGGAUAGGAUUGGUGUAAACGAGAAGAUAGUGAUGAAAAGAAGGAGGUCAAUGCUACUGAAUGAAUCACUAUUUACGUUAGGUCAACAGCUACGCGGUAAAGAUAUAAAUGUGUUCAACUUUGGUAGUCAAAUAGAAGGUACAACAACUCCAGGAUUACAGUCUGACGCAGAUAGUCUUAUAUCUAUAAACAAAUUUAAUGUGAUACAAGACUGGAGUGAAUGGGAAUAUGGUAAGCGUAAUUUGUUGAUGAUACAAGAUGAAAAUGUCUCUCCAGGAUAUUGUGGUUUACAAAUAUUAAGAGAUGAUGCUCCACUACCACGCGUAGUUGAAACUAAUGACCACUCAUAUAGAGACAGAACGGGAAGAAUAUUGUUAAAAAAUACAUGCUUUAAUGAUUUACAUAAUGAAGUGGUAAGAAACGGCCCAGCUCAUUCUGUUCAAGACGCUCCUGGGGUCAAUGAUAAUGAUUUUGUUCCUGCCUUUCCCUCUCGGUUAUACCCAGUUCAAGCAAGUCAUUGGUUAUGUCAACAUAGAGAGGAGAAUUGGCCUACAAAUGAUAUGAUACAGUACUGUAGUAACACACGAUGUUUUGUUGUUGGCGUUGGGAAAACAGGAAGUGUAAAUGAAAUACUUGAAUGGAGAAUAUCUACAUCAUUUGCAGAGAGAUUUAUAAUGUUUAAUCUUAACAUAACACAAAUUAGAUGUUAUGUUUUGAUGAAAAUGAUUCUGAAAACAUUUAUAAGUUCUCAAAGAUUCCCCGACAGAAUUUCAAGUUUUAUAUGUAAAACAAUUUUGUUACAUUGUAUUUCAUUUACAAGAUCUGAUGCAUGGAAUGAAAAUACCCUUUUUAUUUGUCUAUCAUUUUGUUUAUCAACACUUUACAACUGUGUUCAAAAUGAAUACUGUCCUCAUUUCUUCAUCACACAAAAUAACUUGAUGAGCGGGCGAUUUACUCCAGAAACAAAGCAGUUAAUACUUGAAACUCUUCGUUAUGUAAUCGAAAGUAAUGGAAGGGCAUUGCUCGAAAUUGAAUGCGACAACUUUGGUUUAUUUCUUCAGUCAAGUUUAAACGGUAUUAACAUAAUAGAUGCACAUUGUGUACCAAAACUGAUUGCCGGACGGUUACUCAAAGAUACAGCCCAUGCUAAAAGCGUGAACUUCCAAUGUCUGUUACGUGAUAUGUACAAUUUAUCACAAAUACUUACAAUUCAAAAACUUUUAACAUUUAUGUCAAAUCACCACAAUGAGAAUUUCUCAAACAUAGAUAGAAAAGCUUACUGUUUGUUAACACGAUAUUUAUGUUGUACAAUUGGAUCUGUUCUAGCAUCUUUAAACAUUAACCAACAACACCAUUUAACAUACAAGAAGGCACUUGAAUUCAUGUCAUUAGGACUUGACACCGAUGUAGCAUCUGGUAAACUGAAACUAGCUUCUGUUAUUUAUUGUUGUGGAGAUAUUGAGAGGACUGAACUUAUCCUGAAAAAUAUUGAGGAGUGUUAUGAUCUAAGUGUUGUUGAACCAGUGUGUGGGUGUUACGAUUCCAAACAAUAUGCAAGAAGAGAAAUAUUCAACAGAUUAUGUUAUGAAUCAAAUGAAGAAUGGGCACUGCUUAAACAAAUAACAGCAUCAUGUGUCCGUUAUAUACGAUGUGAAAUAAACACUUGUCCAUUCGAACUUCAACAUGAAAUGUUUAGAUCAACACAGGAAGAUCUUGCUUACAGAAGAGUAGAUGAUUAUUGGAUGGAUUUCGCUGCUGUUGAUUCUCUCCCUUUCCUCUAUUUCUUGCAGUACAAGACAUAUUCCCGUCUAGGAAGACAAGAUGAUAAACAGAGGGCUCUCUCUAACAUUGCCAGAACCAUUGAUGUUGAACCAAAUCUCGGACAUAGGGAAACAGCACUCAAUCUUCUAGGACAGUGUAUGGAAGAAGAGAAUAAUGUAGAAAAUGCUUUUAAAUAUUAUGCGCGUUCCCUUCAGAUUAGAGGACGAAAUAAUUCGGCAAAAAUCCAUAUUUGUAAGCUGUUAAACAAAUUGAUCAAUAACUAGUUAUAACUUAUUUUGGAACAAGAAUACCGCAAGGCAGAUACUUCGAAAUGCUUCCUUAUGUUCUUAAAGAUACAAAGUAGACCAAUUCCGCAAAGUGUCAUAUAUUUAGACUGUUAGCAUCCGUUUAUAAUUAGAACCAAAAGUUAUAUGUUUAAGGUAUUAGCACCCUUAUGCAUUACCUCCGCUUUGAAGAGUAUUCAAAAAGGCUAGAGCUACUGUUAACUACAUUGAAAAUGAGGGUCAUGGGUUCAAUCCCCAGAAGGGUCAACUUUUUUUUCUUUCUUUUUUCUUUUAACAUUAUUUAUGUAUCUCUCAUGUCCCAUUUGGAAAGAAAAAAGUGUUUAAUUUUGAUUUUUUAAUUGAUAUAUGUAUUUAUUGGCUAAAUUAUGCUAAAUCUAGUAAUAAAUAUGGUACCUGAUAUUUUCAAAGUGUAAUAUAAUCAAAACUAGACGGUAAAAGUAUUUCAUAUUUUACAAGAUCAACCAAUAUACAUUUUUAAAAAUUUAGGGAAACUUUGAAAACAGGCACUAAUUUGGGUAAAUUUUAAGAAUUUUUUAAAUUAGGCUCCCUAAGUAGAAAAAUUGUCAGACAUGUGGUAAAAAAUGGGUGGGGUAGGGUAUACAGAUUUCAUAAAUAAAAGAUUUUAAGUUAAAAUUUUAAGUAGAAACCAUAAUUUUUAAAAAGGGCCCUCAUAACAUCCUAGCUUGCGUUCAGAAAAGGGGCCAUAACUUGAUUUCCGUACGGUAAACUUUGUUUAAAUUUUGCAUACAGGUGUACUUUAAGGUAUACAUCUGACCUAUGAUGUCAAUAUUUUUAGUCCUUGAUAGUGCCCAUUAGGGUCCUAAUACCUUAAGGGCAAACAAAGCUUACCUUCGUAACAACAGCGUAUGUAUGGUUACGAUAAACUAUUCAUAUACAAGCAAUAUGCUUUGAUUGUCAUAAAAAGACUUUACAUACAGAAGGGAAGAAGCCUUUUGGAUGUAAAUGGCCGUUGUGAAUUAGUUAAUUUUAUUUUCUGCAAAACAAGAUAUCGUGGGAUAAAAUAGGAAAUAUAACAAUAAACAGAGAAAUAAUAAUACUUUGAUAGACAUCGAGGACAUAUGACAUAAGCAUUGAACCUUCGUGUACAGUGUGUAUUAUGCAUUGACAUUUUAAUACUCGCAAUGUUUGCCCAUUAACUAUCUGAUAUUAGUCACUUUUCUAUGGUUUUUCUAUUAUCAUUUUAAAUUUAAAUAAGCUUUCAGUGUUUUAUUAUGCAACACAAGAGUGCUUUAUUAAUGGUGGGGUGUUUUGCCAAUAAUCUGUCAAUUCAAAAGUCCAUUUAGAUAAAUAACAAACCAUUACAUUGUUGCAUAAAUAUCAUGAGUAAAUAAAUAAUAUUAGAUGAAUAUAUUCACUUUUUCAAGUAACGCACUGGCAUUGUAACGGAUUUCUUACAAAGAAGACAGCGAAAUUUUACACAUAAUAGAUGGUUACUAAUAUUCUGACCAACGAAGGAUUUAGGACAAACCAAUUUGAAAUAUGUAGCUUUAAGUAGUGUCAGGCACUGGGGAACGAGAAAUAUAAGUAAUAAAUGUUAUUUACCAAUUAUUGUCAGUAUUUGUAUUUGUGUCAGAUGUUAAUUAUGAAAUCAUAUAAAAUUGCUAGUUUACCUUUGUAUUAUCUGUGUUUUACAAACAGUUCAAUCUAAUUAUUUUCAAUAUUGACAUUGUUAAGCUCCAGUUUGUUGACAAUAUUUUAACAUUGUGUCAUAAUAUAAGUGUACAUACUUUUUUCAACUUAUUUCCUGUUUGAUAAUUUAUCAGCACUGAAAAUAUAAUGUAUUUUAAAUAAAAGGAACACAACGUGUACUGUUCUAUCAAGUAUUCUGUAUUCCAAAUUGAUCUGUUACUGAUUUUCUGUGUGAGUCUAUUAAAAAAGUCAGUUAUCCACAAUUAAGAGUUGUUGUAUAAUUUAUGCAAGUACUCCAGAGUUAUAAUGUUUAAAAUUAUUUGUGUGGCUCUAUGAUAAAGUAUUUUGUCCAAACAUGCUUUAGAUUUUCACAAUUUUAUCAUUUAUUUCAUUACUUGUGGAUAAAAGUUUUGAUAUUUCAGAUACAUCAUAAAAGUGAAGGGGAGGGCCGACCGCUAAUGUUGUAAGAACUUGGGCCCAACCCGUUUGCUUUUGCUGUUUAGAAUACAUAUGAAAUUUGUAUCUGUAUUGUAUAUACAUGUAUAUAGCAAUAAAAUAUGA